CACAACACACAGUUGUUCUGCACUAAAACCCCGCCUCCAAUUUGACCGUUGUAAAUCGCUCCUUCUCUCUCCUUGCCUACAAACAGCCACAAAAUCUCGAGCUCCACAAUCAAACUGUGCAGCUUCAGCAAUGGUAGCUCUGACAAGCUCAGCUCCGGAGAACCUCAACAUUCCCGAACAGAUGCAGCAAGGGGAAGCGCGCGGCGGCGAGAUCUCGGAUUAUGAACUGUGCAGAGAGGAAAGGAUCAGAGAGAAUCGGGAGAGAAUGCAGAAGCUCGGCAUUUUUGAUCUCUCUCAGAAAUUCAAUGCCCCAAAGCCCACUCCCGUCAGAGCCGCUUACCGCAAAGCUCCGCGCCUUCACUCUCCGCUGCCUCCGUCGUCUGCCGGCCCCACCCGCCGCUCCUCUAGGCUGCAAAGCUCGACGCCAGUUAGUUACUGCGAAUUACGCGUGGAGAAAAAAGACAAAUCAUCGAAGGAAUACAAUAUUUUGAGAGAGGAGGGGUCGAGACCUGAAGUUUACACCGAGGAACAUGACAAGCUGCUGGGAAGCACCGAAAUGAACUGGACUCUUUUUGUUGAUGGAUAUGGAAAAGAUGGCAAGCGAAUUUAUGAUCCCGUCAAGGGGAAGACUUGUCAUCAAUGCAGGCAGAAAACUCUUGGUCAGCGUACACAUUGCAGCAACUGCAGCAUGGUUCAAGGACAGUUCUGUGGAGAUUGCUUGUACAUGAGAUAUGGGGAGAAUGUGCUCGAAGCAAAUGCAAAUCCUGAUUGGAUUUGCCCCGUUUGUCGUGGAAUUUGCAACUGCAGUUUGUGCCGCCAAGCAAAAGGGUGGCCUCCUACCGGGAUUCUUUACAAGAAGAUUUCAAAUCUUGGCUACAAGUCAGUGGCACACUAUCUCAUCCAAUCACGACGUGCAGAUACUGAUAAAGAGAUCAAUGUCGGUAGUAAGGUACCAGUUUCUGCUAAGAGAUCUCUACCUUUUUCAGACAUUGAUGUAACUGGUGAAGAGGAUAAUCUUUCUAAACCUAGCCGCGAAUGUUCAAACCCUGAUCAUCCCGUAUCCAUAGCUGAUCAAGAAUUUAGUGAUGGUAAAUUGGCUCCUGAAAGCGGAGCCAAGCCUUUGCCAAAUCCUGCUGAUGCUGCUCUCACGAAGGAUCAAGUUGAAUAUCCAUUGAAGCCCAAAGUUGAAAAAGAUUCUGCUGGAUGUGACAAUGAUAAAGAGACUAUACCAAUACUUUUAGGUGAAACUCUUGAAAGAGGUGGUGAUGAUGCAUAUGAAGUUGAGAAGGAGAAGUCUGUUCUGGACAGCAAAUGUGUCGUUGAAUCAGAAACGAGUCCAAAACCCACCAAGAAACGAGCGAGCUAUGAACCAGCACCGGAUAGUAUUGGCUGGAGGUUGAGAAUGAGGCACAAAAACCCCCAGUUGGUAAGUGCAUCCACAACAGCAGAUGUGGGAGGCAUUGCUAGUAGAUUGAGAAAGCGUUGCAGAGCGUAGCUACUGACGCGUUUUUUCGGCUCAACGACCUCUUUAUGGUGCAGAGAUUUUGUUUAAGAGAGAGAGGCGUCUGUUGUAAUGUUAGUUUAACUAACAACUCCUUCAUGUAGUGUAAUUUAGAUGUAAUGCAAUGGAUUGCAAAACUCUUCCUUUUUA